AUGGAAAGAACUUCUCUUCUGCUUCUGCUUCUCCUUCUCCUUCUCCUCACAGCCAUUUCUUUUCCACUCACACUCCCAACAUCUCCAGACCAUUUCUUCAGGCCAUCAUCAGCUAAACCCAAAGCCACUCUCUCCCGACCCAAAUACAAAGAAUUCUUCGAACUAAUCCAUCCUCUACCGUCUGAUCAUUUGACCCCAUCAUGCGCUCUCCACAUCGUCCACCACACCUUCGGCAAAACCGUCAACCGGCCUCCCUACUCCACCCCUUACUCUCCACCCUCCGAUUGCCCCCCUCCUUGGCUUCACGUCGCUCUGGAAUUUCGCACCAAGUCCCGAGGCGACCAGUAUGAUCGCAUCUCUGGCUUGUGGCUCGGCGGAGCUGAGCUCCUCCGCAGCAGCACCGUCAAGCCUACAGAGUCUGGAAUCUCUUGGACAGUUCGAAAGGAUAUUACUCGUUACUCCUCUCUCCUCGUGAAGAGAAACAUCAACUUCACUAUCAUGCUCGAAAACGUCGUUGAUAACAUCUACACCGGCGUUUAUCAUGUCGACGUCACCUUUUUCUUCUACAAGGAAACCGCCGUUAGGGCUCCGUUAAUCGGGGGUGAUCACAUAAGCAUUUUCCCACAAAAACAAGGCCUAAUUGGAGGUUUUGCGGCGAAGGAUGUAUAUGAAUCGCCGGCUGAUUUGAUAAUUCCAAUAUCUGCAUUUCAUAAUAGUAAAGGUUAUUGGUUUAUAAUCAAAGGGGAUUCAGAUGUUCAUUUCAGGAAAUUGAGAUUCCCAGCCAACACACGCAGAGCCGUUAUGGAAUUGUACGUGUCGUUUCAUGGAAACGAUGAGUUUUGGUACUCUAAUCCAUCGAAUACUUACAUUAGAAUGAACAAUUUGACUACUUUGCGAGGGAAUGGAGCAUUUAGGGAGGUUUUCGUGACAAUUGAUGGGAUGUUUGUGGCCUCAGAAGUUCCAUUUCCGGUUAUUUUCACCGGCGGGUUUAAUCCUUUGUUUUGGGAACCUGCAGUGGCUAUUGGUGCAUUUGAUCUUCCCACUUACGACUUCGAUUUGACGCCAUUUUUAGGGGUUCUUUUGGAUGGGAGGGAUCAUGUGGUCGGAGUUGGUGUUAGUGAUGGCAUUUCUUAUUGGCUUGUUGAUGCUAAUUUGCACCUUUGGUUGGAUACUGGAGCAGCUAGUGUAGAAGCUAAAUCUGUGGUUUAUCAGAAUCCUGGUUCCUCCAUCAAACGACAAGAAGAGUUUAGAGAUCUUGAUGGGUCGUUUGCAAUCAAGGGAACAAGGAAAACACAGCUAGUGGGUUGGAUCAAAUCGAGUGCAGGAAAUCUUACUACUUCUGUUAUGCAUCAGUUUAAGUUCAGGAGCUCUAUAAAGUAUGGAAGGAAUGGGAAUUAUAAGCAUGCUAAACAGAAUAUGAAGUCUACUAGAGAAGUUAGAGUGAUGAAUGAAAUGGGAAUGUUGCUUAGUCGUGUAACUAUGAAAAGAAGGUAUCCUAUCAAAGUGGUCACUUUGAAAAUCCCUGGAACAAAGAAGAAUACCUAUAUGUUGAUUACAAAUGUUUCUCAUUCUUUGAUUGACCACUGUUCAAAUGGGAAGCUUUCGAGCUUUGUUCACAACAAUCAGAUUGCUAAUGGUUGGAUAGAGGUUAAGGAUCAUGAUGUUAUUGCAGGCGAAGCUAUCACUAACCAAACUUUAACUUGCAGGGAUGAUUCUGGUUGCUAUGUCCGUACUGUUGCAGCAAUCGAUGGUAGCCUUGUAAUAGACAAUUCAACCUUUGCUUGUCCAUCCUUUAUUUAAUAUUCUUUGGUAAUGAUAGUUUCAAUUUAGGUUGGUAAUUAUAGUUUCAAUUUAGGUUGUUUUUGCUCCAAAAUCUCCAAAUAAUCGGUGCCCUCUGUAUCUGAUAGUGUAUUUAUCAAUCUUUUGUGUAGCGUAAUUUCACAAUAUUUUAGUAAUGCUUUUUUCCCA